UUGACGGAUUAUGAUGUGGACAUGUCGCUGAACGAGAGCAGCUGCUUUCAAAUCAUUUCUAUGUGUUAAUGUGCUCUCGGUAAAGAACUGGGUCUGUUUCAAAAUGCAAGACUGACAGUUCCAAGCGGAUAAGCAGUAACCGUAUGUACACUUAAUGGUAUAUUAUUAAAAUUUGAGCAACAAUGAUGUCAGAAUGCGACCCAACAGAGACAGAAGCCGGCGAGCCCGAGCUGGACACCGUAGCCACAGCGGUGCCUCCGUCGGAGGCUAACUUUCGCUCGGUGGACCCUCCAAAUGUAUUAUUUGACAGGAACGGGCUAGGGUUGGGACUUGCGGCGAACCCCGGAGCGGCCGUUCGUAUUUCGGACUCUUGUGAAAGCGUCUUGACCGAGCUGGAGACGGACGGCUCCGGCGAAGAGGCGCUGUUGCUGCCGUGCAUUGCAGGAAGCUCGUCGUCUCCGCGGGGUGGACGAGAGAAGCGAAGCAGGCGGAACAGACACAGCUCGUCGUCAGAUAAAGACAACUUGGCCUCACCAGGUACCAACAGCGGGGACUUCAACCAUUUCCCCGAUGAUCCAGAGUUUGCAGAUAUCAUCCAAAGGGCUGAACAAGCUAUCGAGAACGGCGCCUUUCCAGAGAGGAUUUCCCAGGGUUCCAGCGGGAGCUACUUUGUCAAAGACCCAAAAGGGAAAAUCAUUGGUGUUUUCAAGCCAAAGUCAGAGGAGCCUUACGGUCACCUGAACCCAAAAUGGACCAAAUACUUUCACAAGCUCUGCUGUCCGUGUUGUUUCGGUCGAGGCUGCUUGUUGCCUAACCAGGGUUACCUCUCGGAGGCCGCCGCCUCACUGGUUGAUACCAAGCUCGGCCUGGGAGUGGUGCCAAAAACCAAGGUGGUGUUUUUGGCCAGUGAGACAUUCCACUACAGCGCCAUCGACAGAGCCAAAUCCAGGGGGAAGAAGUACGCCUUAGAAAAAGUCCCCAAAGUGGGACGACGAUUCCACAGAGUGGGCCUACCACCCAAGGUGGGCUCGUUUCAGCUGUUUGUGGAGGGUUACCGUGAAGCCGACCACUGGCUGCGGCGCUUCGAGGCGGAACCUCUGCCCGAGAACAUCAGGAAGCAGCUGCAGUCGCAGUUUGAGAGGCUGGUGGUGCUGGACUAUGUCAUCAGAAACACAGAUCGAGGGAACGACAACUGGUUGAUCAAGUAUGAGAAGCCGGGAGAGGGAGAAGGAGAAAAGGAUGCAGAGUGGCCAGAGAACAGUCCGGAAUCCUGCACCAAGAUCGCAGCCAUCGACAACGGCCUGGCCUUCCCCUUUAAACACCCUGAUGAAUGGAGAGCCUAUCCGUUCCACUGGGCAUGGCUUCCCCAGGCUAAGGUGGCCUUCUCCCAGGAGACCAGAGACCUAGUGUUGUCCCGUCUCUCUGACAUGAACUUUGUCCAGGACCUCUGUGAGGACCUGUAUGAGAUGUUUAAGACGGAUAAAGGAUUUGACAAAACCAUGUUUGAGAGACAGAUGUCUGUCAUGAGGGGACAAGUGUUGAACCUGACCCAGGCACUCAAGGAUGGGAAGAGUCCCAUCCAGUUGGUGCAGAUGCCUCGGGUGGUGGUGGAACGUAGCCGCUCAGGUGGGCAGGGACGCGUGGUCACGCUGGGCAACGCCUUUACGCAAACCUUCCACUGCAAGCGGCCCUUUUUCUCCUCUUGGUAGUCAGAGAACAAUUAUGAAGGGGAGCUGAGGAGAGACUUCAGAAACGGUUUCCUUUUUGUCCUGAAGCCAGGAAGUGAGGAAGAGUGGAAAUGAGGGAUAAAAAAAAAAAAACAGAAUGUCACACUGGAAAUUGCUUGUAUUUGUCAAGAGGAAGACUUGGAUGAUAGAAAGUAAGAUGAAGAAUGUUUCCUGAAGAAAUUGGGCCUCAUUUUGUAAAGAGUUCGCAGAGAAGUAUGCGAGCUGGCGAGAUCGGCAUUCCAGUGUCUCCUAGAGACAGAGGGGGCUGUUUGUGGUUACCAUGGCAACUUGAUUGGAUAAUCAGCUUUUCCACAGAGGUGGGUUUUGUUUAUUGUUAGAAUGCAGAAAGAAUUUUUUUACCCACCCAAAGUACCUACUGAAGGCUCUUACAAGGUCUCUUAGUGGGGCUAAUGGCCAAAGAACAAGCACUUGCAAACCACAAAUUACCAGAUCUGUGGUCCAGUGGUGUUUGGGAUUUCUCUCCGGAAAUGUUUUUUUUCUUGGGCAACAUUGCUCCUUCUUUGGGAUAAAGUCUAAAUACUAUUCGCUUUGCCUUGUAGGAUUACUUAUUGAAAUAUAAAUGUGCACUUGCACUGCUGGAAGUGUUUGACUAGUUCCUCAUAACUGGGAGAAACUGCUCUUUAAACCCAGUGUUAGUUUUCAGAAGCAUAUCUGUUGAACAAACACAAACCCAGUGUCUUCAAUUCUCACUACUGCCAAAAUCUGUCUGCAAAAGGAAUAUUGAAAAGCCUCAAGAGAAGAAUAUUGUUGAAACUUGAAUUUAAAACUCUUCACCGGAGGAGGAGGACUAGGAUUAAACACAUUGCUUGAAUGUAAUCCGUUUACCGUUUCUACACAGAUUCUUGCUCCUAAACAUUUCAAUACGAGCGAAUGCUGUCAAAAAUAGAAUUUUCUCGUAACGAUGAAUGUAUUUGUUGUUUGACAUGUAUUUAAUUGCUGGCAAGCAGCUUUCUCUUUGAACCUCGUGGCACGGGGGUGGCACCUCGCCCCUCCCCUUUACGACACAUGAGGAGGAAAAUCAAACUUGACGACGAUAUUUCACACUUGCUCGAUGCCGUUGUGUUUUCUUAUGUAUGCAUCUUGAAAUUUUUAUUCCAACUCAAUGAUUGUAUGAGAAGAGUUGUAUAUUGUAUGUAACAGAUGAAAAAUAAAAAUUGGGAAAUUGGA